AGAUCCGGACCAGAUCAGUCAGGAGCAGAGAUGGAGGUCAGGCUGUGGCCGUUCAUGUGCAGCGGAGAGGAAAACAUCUGAUGUCUGUUCCGACGCUUUCAAACAUUCUCUGGGAGUAAACCGACUUUUUAUUUUUCCUCCGUCUGAACACACAGCACGGACAGAAAGUUUGGAAACUCCUCAGGUGAAAAGUUUGAGGAGAAGUUCGUGGAAGAGUCGAGUUUGUGGAAGAGUUUGUGAGAGAUGUCUGAGCCAGAGAAGAAGAGCGAAAACAUUCCUGACGAGUCCGCAGGAAAAGGGACGGAAAUUCCAAACGGAGGGAAUCCUGCAAAAAACGAGGAGGAUUUCAACCUGGCUUCUAUCUACGUGUCGGACGCUCAGUACAACAGAAACAUCUACUUUGACACGUCGCCUCAGGCUGUGAGACUGUAUCUGCUCUACAACCACUGGCUCCUUAAGGUGCUCCUCUACUUCUUCAUCCUGGUCAAUCUGUCUCUGGCCAUCUUCGAGGAGCCGGCCGUCGUCCCUCUGCCGACAUGGGCCACCAUGCUGGUCGAGCUGGUCUGUGUCCUGGUCUUCGCCGCACGACUGGUUCACUACGCCAAGGUGAUUCCUCGAGACAAGUUCUGGAAGGACCCCAAAAACAUCUGCAUCAUCGUCAUCCUUGCGCUCACGCUGGUUGAUAUGAUCAUCUAUGGAGCUCUGAAAGCUGCAAACUGUUACGCCCUCCGCUGGUCCAGAGUCCUGCGCCCGCUCCUACUGGUCAACGUCACGGAGGGACGGCAGCUCCGCCGAGCGUUCAGAAGCAUCCGGAACGCUCUGCCUCAGAUCUUCUACGUCUUCCUGCUCUUCAUGUUCAGCGUCCUCAUGUUUUCGCUCAUGGCUCUGAAACUGUUGGGCAAACGACGUCUGAAGACCAUCAGCGGAACUCCGUACUUCACCAACUACCUGGAGAUCGUCUUUGAUCUGUACGUCCUCGUCACCACGGCCAACAGCCCCGACGUCAUGAUGCCGGCGUACAACGCCAGCUCCGUCUUCGCCAUCUUCUUCAUCGUGUACAUCCUCAUCAACACCUACAUCUUCAUGUCCGUCUUCUUGGCCGUCGUCUACAACAACUACAAAAAGUACCUGAAGGAGGAGGUACGGCAGCUGGUGAGGGCCAAAAGGCACAAGAUGGUGCGGGCGUUCGCCGUUCUGCAGGAGCAGAGGGAGGAGGGGGGGGAGCCGGUGGUGACCCAGGCUAACUGGAACCAGGUGGUCCGACGGGUCCAGCCCGGCAUCAGUAACGCCCACAGAGAGCUGCUGUGGAGCGUCUGCGACGACAAGAACCAGGGGUCCAUCGGUAAAGUGGCGUUCGUCCAGCUUGCCGACCUCCUGAAUAUCGAGGUGAUCACUCUGAAGUCAAGACCACACCCAUUCCACAGUUUAUGCCCCGCCCUCUACCAGUCGGCCCCGAGCCGCCUGAUCUGCAGACUGGUCCAACACCAGGCCUUUGUCAUCGUGUACGACUUCAUCAUCCUGGUGAACGCCGUCUUCAUCGGUCUGGACGAGAAGAAUCCGAUGAUCGCAAACUCUGAGUGGGUUUUUCUGGCUCUCUACCUGCUGGAGAUCCUGCUGAAGCUCUACGUGUUCGAGCCCAGAGCGUUCUUCUCCAGACACAGCUUCUGGAACUGCUUAUCUACAGCCCAGAUUAUAAGCACGAGGUUCGACACCAUCAUCGUGGUCUCUGCUCUCAUCGCUACAAUCGUCAACUCCGCCAUGAAAUCAUUGGGGGGUUACACCAGCCGGGAGAUCCUGGAUAUUGUCUUCAUCCUGCGAGUCCUCAGGCUGAUCCGGGUGGUGGACAGCAUCAAAAGGUUCCGUACAAUCAUCAACACCUUGAUCAGGAUUGGACCAGCGAUCCUCACAUUUGGACAGCUCAUCAUUGUGGUGUACUACAUCUUUGCCAUGGUGGGGAUGGAGCUGUUCAAAAACAGGGUGAAGUUUUAUGGGGCGGACUCCAGCGACCCGGCGAAGGCGUACUGCGGAAACCCUCUGCUGAACGGAACGGACUUCGCACAGCUCGACUACUGCAAGAACAACUUCAACAACGUGGUGUCCUCCUUCAUCCUGCUGAUGGAGCUCACUGUGGUCAACCAGUGGCACGUGCUCAGCAGCGGCUUCACCGCCGUCACCCACAUGUCAGCCAGGAUCUUCUUCGUCCUCUUCCACAUCUUGGUCGUCAUCGUCAUCAUUAAUAUCUUCGUGGCGUUCGUCCUCGAGGCGUUCUUCGUGGAGUACUCUGUGGACAAGAGCGACCUGCAGACGUCUCUGGAGAAGAAGAUCGAGGAACUGGAGCUGGCUGUGGAGCAGGAGAAGUUGGAGGAUAACCUGGUGAACGCUAUGGAAACCAUUGACAACGACCUGGGAACUGGCGAAACGCCAGCGUCAAACAAACCUGCCCUGAUGUUUAAAAUCGCUUCAAAGAGAUAUCGGACGGUGGACGCCUUGUUGCAGCGGAUGUUCGAGGCCGAUCUCGACCCCGAGGACUUUGCCGAGAACGAUGAUCCUGAAGCUCAGACCAACGGGAACUUUGCGAACCCGACGUUCAGCUCUGCAUAGACAUUUACAUACAAUUCUGCGUGAAGGGAAACGCAUGCUAUUAUUCAUACAUCAUAUGACAGAUCUGUUUCAGUCUGAUGUUAAUUCAGUGAAAUGUGUCGACAGCGUGAUCAGGUCUCAGACUCAGACUCAUAUCCAGUGUUAUAUUUUUAUAUUUCUCUCCUGUAGCUCUCUGUAGACGCACAAGUGAAAUUAGUAUUUUUUUGCAUAAAGAGAAUUAAGACUGAUGUUGAAUCUGUCGGUCUGUUUUUAUGGACCAGAGGGUUCGGUGGAAACUUUAAAAAGAUUUUAAAUAGAAAAAAAAAAAAAAAAUCAAAUUUUCACCGUAAAUGUUAAAAUUUAGUCUUAAACAGAGCAGUUAGUCCAUCUGCAAUUUUAAAUGAUGAUAAUAAUAAAAAUAUGAGAUUAUAUUAUUUUA